GUGAGACUCAGGUGCAGGCUGAGGUGUUGACUGACGGCUCUGAAGUGAAUUCAUCAGUGGGUGCGCUAGCCACCGUUCACGUCCCUCAGGUGCCGAACACAGCCGAUAGCUGGCAGACCACCGUCCUGCUGUAUAACAGCAGAGAUAACCAGACCUCCUCCACCGCAGACAUCAUCACCCUGCGCCUCACUGGAAUACCUCAGCGUAAGGGUCUGAUGUAUGUGACACACUACAUGGAUAAUAACGUGACAAACCCAUUUAAACUGUGGGAGAACAUGGGCAGCCCUGACUAUCCCACUGCACAACAGUUCACACAGCUACGGAGCCAAGAGGAUCCACAGACUGAUGGGCCUCUGCCGGUCCCAUCCGAUGGCUCUCUGAAGCUGAAGGCUACCCUUCCUGUCCCCUCAGUGCUGCUUGUACACGUUUGUGCUCAGUCUAAGGAAGUGCCCAACCAGGUAAACGUGGUGCGUUUCAUCACCAUCACCAAAGGACAGGUUCUGAUCAUUUGGAAGGAUCACUCCAUCGCAACAAAGUGUAUAAAGACAUACGAAGUGGAAUUUUCCAAAGAUGAGACGACUUUCCAGAGGAUUAAUCAGAGAGAGACUAUUUUCACAUACUUCACUUUUUCUCCAGAGAGUCUGGAGGUGAGCGGAUACUAUAGAGUAAGAGCCGUGGAUUACUGGGGAAGAAAUGGAGAAUAUUCUGUCACUGAGAAAUAUUCGGAGAACCGGUAGUCUUGAUUAGACCGACUUAUGACUUUCCACAUACAAUAUAGUUCACUUUGUAUCUUAUUUUGAUUAAAAAAAAAAAAAGCUCACUAGGACAGCAUGACAUUGGUUUGACCAACAUGUAAAUUAUCUGAACACAGUUAAAUUUUUUUAUAUGUAAUUUCGGACUGUUUAUCUGAUGACGCAAUAAUUUACCUU